GUGAUCACCCGGGGGACCAGUCCUCUACGGGAUCGUUGCAGCCAGAAGUCGUGCAGGAAGAGGUGCGGAAGGCUGUUCAGCAAGCUAUGCAGAGCAGAGACACCAAGGUGAAUGAACUUCAGGCCGAGAACACGGAGUUGAAGCAACUCCUCUUGGCGAUGAUUGAAGCGAGUCCCAGCACGGGAGGAGUUGGUGGUGGAACAGGGCCUUCAGCCGAGGGCAACCGUGGCGCUCCAACGGAAUAUGGAGGAGCCACUGGCCCGUCUGAGAGGCAACAUCUACCGGAACGAGGGGAUCCCCGUGCUGACCGUGAAGGUGCAAGUCGAGUUUUUGGUGCUCCCCCCGGCCUCCCUGUGCCGUCUCGACGAGUCCCAGGUGACCUUGGAGGACAGGGAGGUGGGCAAGUUUCUGGGUUUGAGGAUGCUGGCAUACCGGUGGCUAGACCUGAUGGUGGUGACUCUGAGGGCGUCACAGGAAAGCUAUAUGGGGCUACCGGCGCUGCUUCGCCAGGAAGGGCUGAUGCUACCAUCUUGGACCCAGACAAGGACGACAAGAGCCCAGUGGCUCACCUGGGCCUUCUCGCCCAAGGCAUACAACAGCUUCAGCAGCUCCAACUCCAGAAGGACACGCAGGAUCCAGAGCUGUUGAAGGGAGCCGUGACGCUCCCAGCGUUGCCCGAACCUUACCAGGACUCCAGUGCAGUGUUGUUCUUGGAGUGGGUGUACGAGGCGGGCCAGCUGGUGGGCUCGAUCACGGACAAGGCCACUGGAUGGUGGAACCACAACUUGGAGCUGGCGAAGGAUGCGUACCACAAGUUCCAGAACGAAUCGCCGCUCAAGCGCCUGUCCAUUGUUGUGGGUAAUGAUGAUGCUGUGGCUGAGAUCACCAUGUUGCGCAUUGAUCGGGUGAAACACUGCCUGUACAAGCUGUACACAAUCUAUGCCCCGGGUGGAGCAAGCGAGCGGGCGAGCCUGAUCAAGCAGCUGGAAUAUAUCCAACCCCAGAACAAUAUCAUCGACAUGAUCGCUGCUCUUCGCCGGUGGAAGAAGUUGAUUGGAAGGGCGGCUGAGAUGGGAGUGUCGCUUCCCGAUGGGAGUGUCUUGCUUGUGGCGGUUGAGGCUGCCAUCAAACCCAUCGCUGAGGCCCAGAAGGAUGUCAACUUCAAGCUGAACAUGGCCAAGAGCGAGCUCAGCCUUCCUUACAAGCCAGCCUUGUCCUCGGUGCUGACGUAUGCGGACCAUGUCAUUGCGGAGCUCCAGCAGGUGAUACCGUAUGGCAAGGACCAAGGUGCCAAGCUCAAGGGUGUGAUUGCCGAUCACAACGUGACAGCGUCAUCUACUACCAUUGGACCUAUAUCCACGCAAGUUGGGUCGGGUUCUAGCGGAUCUUCCUCUGCAGCGUCUACGGUUUUGCUUUCUGAACAGAACAGCACUGGAGAGAUCAGGGAGCUAGCGGAGCAGUUCCUUGCGAAGAUUAAGCGGCUUGCCCCUAUGCAAGCUGUCACAGACAACGCGGUUGUGGACCUGGAGCUUUUGUUACGCUCCCAAGGCCUUGGGGAGAGUCAUGGCAUGGCUUUGCUGGAUAGUGGGGCCUCACAUGCUUAUAGGGCUCCCAAGACGCUCGAGGAGGCCAAGGAGGCGAAGCAGGUCAAGGUGCAACUUGCUGAUGGACGCCAUGUGUUCCUUCGGCAAACUAAGGGAGGCACCUUGCUGGCGGAGGACGACAGCGGUGGAACGAUCCUUCCUUUGGGAAGCUUGGUGAGUUCCUUGGGAUGCAAACUGGACUGGAGCAAGCGAAAGGGCCUUCGCAUAACGCACCCCGAGCACGGCUUGUUGCCAACAAAGCUGGUAGGCAACACCCCAGUCCUCCGCGAGGCCGAAGCGCUCCAGCUGAUUGCGGACCUGGAACAGCUAGAGCUUGACAAGUUGGAGAAGAAUAGCACGGACGGAGUCCUCAAGAUGAUGUCUGCGGAGGAGCCCCAACUUACAUGGGUGGAUCACCUGGAGGAGUUUGUGCAAAAGGGCGAACGGGCCUGUCUGAGGAGGAUGCUCUUGGACGAGGACUCCCCUUUGGAUGCAGUAGCCGAGGCGGAGGUUGUGAACCUGAUUGGUGUCGAUGACCGCCUCCUAUUGUCCGACGAGGCAGGCGCCCACUACUUGAAGUCGCUCCCCAUCAACAGAGCUAUGAGGAAGCGGUUACUGAAGACAAGAUGGGUGGUUCAUUUGUAUAAUGGGGAUGAGAAGGGCGAGGAGUUUGCCAGAGCUGAGUCGGAGGAUGUGACGGUGAUCCGAAUGGACGUGCGAGACUCCAAGGCCUAUGACCUCAGGACGUAUGGACCAGCUGCGAGACUGCUUCUGUGGGCGGCGGCCAGAGGCCAGAUCGAGGGCAUCAUCGGGGCGCCCCCCAGAGGUGCUGAACAUGGCCCGGCGCUGCUCAAGAGAAUGUUGUUGGUUUGGUUGGUGGCGAACUCCGGCGCGGUCCUCAACUCCCUUUGCGCACCUUUCUUUUGUAUGGAAGCCCCCACUUGGCAUCCUCUGUGGACGAGUUCGGCCUGGAUCAAGUUCAAGGACGAGAUGCGGUUCCUCAAGUACCACUCAGUGGGAACACCAGGCAACAUGUACUUCAUGGCGUCCUCAUUGGGUUUGUCGGAUGGGAUGGACAUUGAGGAAGCAGCCAUCAUGAGCUUGAACUAUGAAACCCCAGCUUCUUCAUGGCCGGUGCCUUUGAAACUUGGUAUCGCUCAGGCCAUCCUCAACUGGCGCAACAGCGACUUACGAAGGCAUGAGGCAACCUUGUGCAAGAUUGUGGGCCCCCGGGAACUCAAUGCAAAGGACCUUGCUUAUUGGGAAACCCACGUGCGCAACAACCACGUCCCCUAUGAUCGCCGCUGCCAGACUUGUGUCCGGGAAGCGCAACAGGAAGGGACUCGUGGGGAAUCCCAAGAAGGCAAGAAGUUCCGGUACUUGUUGGUUGGGGCUUAUUCACAUCCAAAGCUGGAUUUGCCAAGGGACCACAAGAUGCCUGUCAUUGAGGAGGAAGAUGACGUCGAGCCGGAGUUGGACCCCUUUGAGGAGGAGGACAAGACUGACGAUCCACCUGAGGAGGAGGACGAAGAGCAGAAGGCCCUCAAUGAGAGGUUCAGGCGGAUCUACAAGGACAUUGGUGACGAUAUUGAGUGCCAGACGCUCAACUUUGCGGUCCCGAUGACUUCCCGCACGUCCAAGGAGGUGCGGGCGAAGAUCCAGCACAUCUAUCUUCAACUCCGCCAGCAUGGGCUACCUCUUGUGCGAAUACACUCCGACCGAGGCUUGGAGCUCAAGGCCAAGGAGACCCGAAGCUGGAUGGCAGACAGGGACAUCUUGGCGACUACUGGGGAGAGCCAGCAGCCGCAGCAAAACGGACGAGCUGAGGCUUUGGUCCGGGAGAUCAAGCGCCGCGUGAAGGUCUUACUCAGGGCCUCGGGCCUCCCAGCAACAUGUUGGCCGGUGGCAGCUGAGUUUGCAGCAAGGCGACAAAGGGAUUUGGCCCUAGGGAACUACGAGGACAAGGACCUCGCCUUUGGAGCACCGACGCACGUGAAGUACAAGCGCUUCGGUGAAGGCGGACGAUAUGACUUACUGGAGCGAUGGAAGGAGGGCUUGUUUGUGGGCUACUCCAAUGAUGUGAAGAGUGGCCGUGUGGUACGUCAUGGAGAUGGUUCCUACACGACUUCAGUCCACAUCAGACCCUACCUGGUGGAUUCGGAUGAUCUGGCCCUUGUGGACGCCAACAACGACAUCGACAACCUCGCGAAAUCGUUCCUCGACAACAACCAGUUCCAGCCCGAGCAUGUUGUUGAGUUGUGGAAACAUCUCAAGGCCAAGGCCAGACCUACCUCAAGAACCACCCAAGGAGAAGGCCUUCAAUGGUUGGUUGGCCAGUACACCUACGGAAGCCAAUGUGGGAUUGUGAACGACACGUACCUCCACCCCGCAGUAACCACUUACUUGGUGCGAGCCUUCAAGGAAAUGACCGGGAGGGAUGACUUCACGGCCCUGCUCCUCACCGAGAAUGUGGGCAUGAAAUGCCACCGUGAUGUUCACAACAAUGGGGCCCGAAGCAACUGGCUACUUCCUCUACAACAAUGCGAUGAAGGCGGAGGUGUAUGGAUGGAGUCUUCUCCCGAGGCCUACAGCUACGACGAUGAGUGGCGUGAAUUGCCAAAGGGAGGGUGGAGAAGAGGCCGUGUUCGUGAACUACAACCUGGCGUUCCUUUGGAGAUCAACCCAAGGCGCUACCAUGCCACAGAGCCUUGGACAGGAACGAGACUGGUUAUUACGGCCUAUACCCCAAGAACUACAAGCAUGAAACUUGACACCUAUGAGACCCUCCGCGAGUUCGGCUUCAAACCACCUCCUAUACCACCUCGUGUACCUGAUCAACUACAACAAACAGUGUUGAAGAUGUUGACUAUGACCACGGUGAAGGAUGAACCCGAGGCGGUGAUGUUUUUGGUCAACGAGGUCGAAGAGGAGAAGCGCGAAAGGGCAAGGGAUGUCAGUCGGGAGCUACGGCAACUACAAGAUGAUGUGUUGAAUCGUCUCAAGGAAAGGCGUGAGUGGCUGCGUGAGUUCCUAGCUGAGGAGGAGAUCCUUGCUGAAGAGCUGAAUAUUGUGGGCGAGGCCAUCAAUGAGGAGAUCGAGGGUGUCAACGGUGCAGUUCGUGACCUUAUCAAGGAUGUGGAGGAGCAGAUUCAGGAGACCGAGGAUAAGUGCCACAAUUUGUACCUGAAGGUGGCCAACGUUAACGAUGACAAGGAGAUUGGAGACAUCGAGGAGUAUUUGUCCAACCUCAAGAAGGACCUGGAUGUUACGUUGGAUGUUCCGCUCGACCAAGUCAGGCGCAACCUGGACAAAUGGGUCGAUCCCUUGAAGAAGGAACUUGCGAACCUCGAGGAGAAGACGGACGCUAUUGAGCGGCGACCCAUAGCAGAGGCCAGGGCCCUGGAGCGCGAGGGGAAACUUAUCCUGAUCCCGGGGAAGGUCGUGUGCACAGUCAAACCGCCACCCCCACCAGAGAUAACGGCCCCCAAGGAGCAGCAGCCACGCUGGAAGCGCAAGGCCAGGGUGGUGAUAUGUGGCAAUCACGCUGGACAAUGGCAUGAUCCAAAUGACCUCUUUGCGGCUGGAGCAAGUGCCGAAGGACUACGGCUAGCACUUGCCCUUGCAGUGGCUAUGUCCUGGAGCGUGGCGUCUACGGAUGUGUCUGCGGCUUUUCUGCAGGCGCUAUGGCCAACGAACCGGCCCACCUACGGAGUGCUGCCGCCAAAGAUUCUCCUGCAAGCGGGUUUGGUGGAACCGGAGGUGGUAUUCAUCGUGAAGCGGGCGCUCUACGGAUUGCGGGAAAGUCCCGCACUGUGGGCGGCUCACAGGACAGAAGUUCUCAAGGAGCUGGUGGUGGAAAACGGAGAUGGGCGGAUCUUCCUGAAGCAAAUGAUGACGGACAGUGAGCUGUGGAUGAUCCUGGAGGAGCCUAAGGCUGGUGGCCAACCGAGCUUGAAGGGCAUCCUUGUAACCUAUGUGGAUGAUAUCCUCUACCUGGCUGAUGACCUGGUGAUCAACCUCAUACAUGGAAGGGUUGGGGCAAUUUGGCCCUGUUCUCCCUUGGAGUAUGCGACGGACGGUCUGAGGUAUUUGGGGAUGGAACUCAAGCAAGAGGAAGGGUUUUUCACCCUCUCUCAAGAGGCGUACAUUGCCAAUCUGGUGCGCCUACAUGGUUUGGAUGUUGACGUUAGCGCGGGACUUCCUUGUCCUAAGGAGUGGAUCCAGGAGGACGAUGUGGCGGCAGAGGAGGAGAACUACAGUUCUUCAGAGCUGAUGAUGGCCCAGAAGGUCACUGGAGAAUGCCUCUGGUUGGCUUACCCUACGCGCCCCGACAUCCUCUACGCUACGAACUACAUGGCCGCAAUGACAACCAAACGACCUGUUAAGGUGUACCAGAUCGGUCUCAAGGUGAUGUCCUACCUGAACGCCACAGCCGGUUUGAAGUUGAAGGCAGAGUUACUCGAAGGAUCCAACUGCGCUCUGUUGGUACAGUCGACGGAAGCUAUGUUGAGAGAGAUUCUACCUGCCACCAGCACCCCUACGUUGUACAUCGACAACCAGGCCGCGAGCAAUCUACUCAACGGUUCCACUGGGAGCUGGCGGACGAGACAUUUACGGAUUCGCCAUGCCUAUGUGAUGGACCGCGUCAAAAGUGGUGAGCUCUACGUCCAGCAUUUGGCUGGAGAGGACCAACCUGCAGAUUUACCGACGAAGCUGCAUUCCAAGGCGCGGUUACUACACCUACUUGGGACCUGGGGGAUGAUAGGCCUGGCUGGGUUGAACGAGAAGAAGGUGUUGCAAUGCAUGAAGCUGGGAUGCAUGUUCUUAUUGCUGCUGGUGGUUCAAUCCUUGGCAGUUGCAGCCGCCAAGGAACCUCUGCCGACGGUUGGGACAGUGGAGUUGUUUGUGCUCCUGAUUCUCACAUGUAUUUCAGCAGUGGCCCUGUGGGAAGCAGGAAAGGCGCUUGGUGGAUGGGCCUACCCAAGGAUCUUUGGGUCGAAACGUGAAAGGAAGCUACGUAAGCUGAAGGAACUCGCGAGGAUCGCAGCGGAGGCUGAGAUCGAGAAGUGGAUGGACGAAGACGAUGUUCCUUCAAGCGAGCGAGUGAUCCAGGCUGCACGACAAAGGGCCCUCACUACGGCUACGAGCGGAUCUACAAGGAGCCCGACCACCACUACCAGGCCUACUGCCCCCAUGAACAUGGGGGAGUCGAGGGAGAGCCGAUUUGGUGAGAUUCGGCCAGCGACACCCCCGCUGCCGGAGAGAGGGCAAUCUGUGCCCCCCUCACCAAUCUCGGGGCAAUUCGAUCGUGAGCGGGUCGUUCAAGACGCUUUAGGGCUGAUGACGGUCCAACACUUGCGUGAUGGCUUGGCCUCGGAGGGCCUUCCGGUGAGCGGCGUGAAGAGCGACCUCACGAGGAGGUUGGGCGGCCAGCUCGGCGAUGAGCCCCCAGCGGCGCACUUGCCGACGACCCGCCAGCUCCGCUACGUCUUGUGGACCUGGAGGCACUUUCAGCUGGCGGGGCGGACUCAAAUCUUGUGGGUCAACUUAGCGACGAAGACUGCAGUGUCUGAAUGGUUGGCUCGCUGGAAUCGAGGUGGAAGCUAA